CAGCUCCCGCGCUCACCUGGCCUCUUUUCCUUGCAGCGCUGGCUCCCUGAGGACCCGAGGACCCGCCCGUGCCCUCCGUCCUUAGCGAUGGACGAGGAGAGCCUGCAGACAGCCCUCCGAACCUAUGAUGCGCAGCUGCAGCAGGUGGAACUGGCCCUGGACGCCGGCCUGGACCCUUCUGAGCUGGCGGACCUGCGCCAGCUGCAGGGGGACUUGAAGGAGCUGAUCGAGCUCACCGAGGCCAGCCUGGUGUCCGUCAGGAAGAGCAAGCUUCUGGCCACGCUGGAUGGACAGCACCCACCCCGGAACGAUUCUGAGUACCUGGCUUUCCAGGAGGCCGAAGCUGAGGGAGGGGAGGUGCCAGGGGUCCCCAGGGAAGAACUGGAGGCUGUUCCUGAAAGAGAGGCGAGCCCAGAGCCCAGCAAGCCUGGACAGGACGAGGAGGAGGAGGACGGGGCGUGGAGUGGGAGGAAGGUGAACGCCCCCUUCCACAGCUCGUGGGGCACCCUGGAGUAUCACAACGCCAUGAUCGUGGGCACAGAGGCGGCAGAGGACGGCUCCGCGGGCGUUCGAGUGCUGUACCUGUACCCCACGCACAAGUCCCUGAAGCCCUGUCCCUUCUUCCUGGAGGGAAAGUGCCGCUUCAAGGAGAACUGCAGGUUCUCCCAUGGGCAGGUGGUCUCUGUGGACGAGCUGCGCCCUUUCCAGGACCCAGACCUGAGCUCCUUGCAGGUUGGCUCUGCAUGUCUGGCCAAGCAGCAGGAUGGCCUUUGGUACCCAGCGCGGAUCACUGAUGUGGACGGCGGCUACUACACAAUCAAGUUUGACUCGCUGCUGCUGAAGGAGGCUGUGGUGGAGGGGGACGGCAUACUGCCCCCACUGCGCACGGAGCCCACGGGAUCCUCUGACUCAGAGGGCAGUGAUGCGGAUGACCCCAGCUAUGCUCGAGUGGUGGAGCCCGGCCCUGCUGCGCAUGGGACGUGCAGCUCUGCCUUCGCUGGCUGGGAGGCUCACACACGGGGCAUCGGCUCCAGACUCCUCGCCAAGAUGGGCUACCAGUUUGGCAAGGGUCUGGGCCGACACGCCGAGGGCCGGGUGGAGCCCAUCCAUGCUGUGGUGCUGCCCCGAGGCAAGUCGCUGGACCAUUGCGCUGAGGUCCUGCAGAAGAGGACCGCGGCUGGCAAGGCUGGUGCCCACAGGCCCCCAAAGUGCCGGGGCCAAGGGAGCCGUCCUGCAGGCCGCCCACCCCCUCAUAGUGUGUUCGACUUUCUGAAUGAGAAGCUGCGAGGCCAGGCGCCUGGGGCCCUGGAGGCCGGGGCAGCCCCCCCAGGGAGGGGGGGCGGCAAGGAAACAUACCACGCCAGCAAGAGUGCCAAGCGGGCGCUGAGCCUGCGGCUCUUCCAGACCGAGGAGAAGAUCGAGCAGACCCAGCGGGACAUCCGGGGCAUCCAGGAGGCCCUCGCCCGCAACACUGGUCGGCACAGCGUGACGGCGGCCCAACUUCAGGAGAAGCUGGCAGGAGCCCAGCGGCAGUUAGGGCAGCUCCGGGCCCAGGAGGCGGGCCUGCAGCUCCAGCAGAGGCAAGCAGACACCCACAAGAAGAUGACCGAGUUCUAGAGCCCUCGCACGUGCCAUCCGUGCAGCUCAGGGACACCGGCUCCCAGCUGCGUCAGGAGGACCAGCUGUCCACACCAGAUGCCCUGAGAGACAGACCGCCCUGCUCCCAGCCUCUCCCCCAGCCAGCCUUGCCAGCCUGGGGCAUGCGGACGCUGCCCAGGGGAGACGGGACCACAGGAGUCAUUUCUGGACGCUCACUUGCCCUUUGACCCCACCUGCCAGUCUCCUUAGCAAGGACAUUAAAGUGAUUGUGUGGCUGUGUCUUUC